AUGGCAUGCGUGGCCUUUCUUGAAUUGGUUGCCAGCUCGACCAUCGAAGAUGAUGAACGUAAAGGCCUGGAGCGUGACGGUGGGUCUGAUGCUGCUGAGGACACUCGCCUGCGGCCCGUAGCUUCGGUCAAUGCACUGGCGAAACUUGAAAACAUGUUCUGCUUGCAGGCGUCGGAGGAGUAUCGCCACAUGCUGGUGCGCCGUGAUCAGAAGCCGGCAAGCAAGCCUAAAGACAAGCUGGCUGAAACCAAGCGGAAAGAAGCAGAGGUCAGAGCAGCGGCCAAGGCUUUGAAAAGGGAGCAGAAGGAGAAGAAGAAGAUGGAGAGGAUUGAAACUGCACAUGCAUUUCGCAUGGAGCGUGCUUUCUAUGGCAGAAGCAAGAGGGCGGCAAAGGAGGAAAAGAAGGUGAGCUGUCCGCGAUUUUGCGAUUGUGUAAACUAA